UGUGCACACACAUUUAGUUUAGGAAGGUCACAGUCUCAACUUGCCUCUCCAUAUGCAUUCCAUGUAUUGCAUAACACUCUUUCAGUCUCUGUAGCUUGAGACGGGGCACAUAUUUAUAUUCUCGGUGCUUUAUUUAUUAAUAUAGCAACUCAUAACCUUUUUAUGGUGGGCACAUACUUUUGUCUUUGCUACCUUGUUGCUCACUUCCUCGAACCCAUAAACCCAGCCAAUUAAACACUUAACCAGGCUGAAUUCUUUCAACGAUAAUGUGGUGACAUGCCAUCAUAAUUUGAUAAGAAUUUCGAACCUACACGCUACGCACAGACUGCCCUGUCUGUCUGUCUCUGUCUCGUUCAUGGUUUGGCUUGGGCAUAAUUAUUACCUGAUCCUCCGUUGUCCCGUUGGUACUAUAUUUAGUCCAGUUCCAGCCCAAAUAGUUGCGGUAGAGCUUGAUCGAUAAAAUAAUUAUUUUUGCACUACUGACAGUGCUGGCAUGGCUAGACCGUCGUCGUGACCCCAUUUUUCUCUCUCCAUCGGCACAGAGGAUUGAAGAUGCUGCAAAGUGGUGGAGCUCUCCUUUCCCGGAGGGGUGAUCGACUGGCCGGAGUCCUCCUGCAGCGACUCCUCCAUUCGGGUGGAACUCCGCUGGGCACACCCCCUUCGCCAUUUCAUGUCGACACGUUCCCCGAGGAGCGCCCUCGUGUUCUCAUCACGGGCAGCUUGGGCCAGCUUGGCUCGGGUCUGGCGCACCUCCUCCGUCAAAAGUACGGACAGAACAACGUCUUCAUGUCCGACAUUCGGAAGCCGUCAACCGAGGUGGCGUCCAAGGGUCCGUAUCUUUAUGCAGACGUCCUCGACUUCCAGUGCCUCCAACAAAUCGUGGUGAACUACAGGAUUGACUGGCUAGUUCAUUUCUCGGCCCUCCUUUCCGCCGUGGCAGAGGCGAAUGUUCCUCUCUCCAUGAAGGUCAACAUUGAAGGGACUCACAAUGUGAUGGAGGUGGCCAAACAGCACGGUCUCCGUCUCUUUAUCCCGUCCACGAUUGGAGCCUUCGGCCCUGAAUCGCCACGAAAUCCAACUCCAAACUUAUGCAUUCAACGACCUAAAACCAUAUACGGCGUGGCCAAGGUGCACACUGAAUUGCUGGGAGAAUACUACUACCACAAGUAUGGGCUGGACUUCCGUUGUCUCCGAUUCCCAGGGGUCAUCUCCUCUCACUCUGCGCCAGGUGGGGGCACAACGGACUAUGCUGUCGACAUAUUUCACCAAGCGUUAAAGCAGGGAGCCUACACGUGCUACUUGGGACCCGACACGCGCCUCCCUAUGAUGCACAUUGACGACUGCCUCCGAUCAGUGAUGGAAUUCAUGGAGCGUCCCUCUGAUUCUUUGCCCUCAAGGACUUACAACGUGGCCGGCGUUUCCUUCACGCCUGCCGAGGUGGGGGAGGAAAUUAGAAAAUCCAUUCCAAAUUUCGUCCUCAACUAUCGACCUGACCCGCGACAGGCCAUUGCUGACUCUUGGCCCCAGGUUUUUGACGACUCGUGUGCCCAGAGAGACUGGGGAUGGGCUCCCAGAUAUGGAUUGACCACCAUGGUGGACUCCAUGAUGAGCGACCUCCGCCCCCUCUACCACCCGAGGGAUGGAGGGGACGACUACACGACGACGAGAGGAGAGGACAAGGCUCGAGCUGUGGCUUGACAUCCUCGAGGUGACAACAAGGAAAUGGUCAUAAACACGAUGGCUUGACAAACUGUUGAGCAGUUUUUUUAACGAUUAAACAUAAUUUAAUAAUUCAAUGCCUUCUUCGCAAUUAAAUACCUUUUAUGAGUAUGUAUGCAUGUAUGUAUUACGUGUUCUGUGAUGGGAAGAUAUAUACCUGUAGGUUAUCCUAGAUUAGAGUAAGUUUGUUGACCCAUAGUUGGCAAUUUUUACGUUAACCAUAAGCAGCUAAUUCACACGAAUCGUUAACAAUGUAGAGAAAUAAUUGAAACGAUCUGAUCUGAAUUAAACAUGAGUAUGUACACUCACUCCUCUGUGAUUUGCAACUGUACAAUGUAUUAAAUACAUAUUCCAUAUGUCGCAUAAAAUAAUAUUUAGAAUUUAUGAUAAACUAUGCUUCUGGUUUUAACUUGUGUGUUUCAAUAAUACAUUUAUGUAGUUCCCAUUAAUCUAACAAUUACGUAAUGAUAAUAAGAUGACGGAAUAAACUCUGGACAAAUAUUUA